AUGUUAUCUCCAUUAAUUAUUAGCACAUUAAUAGAAACAACAAUAAUGGAGGGCAUAUUUUCUACAUGCAUAGCAUGUAUAUUCAGGUAAGCAUUUGAUAUGAUUGAUUUAGCAUGAAAAUGUACUCUUACAUUGUAAAUGAAGAAAAACUAGACUUAAUUCAAUAUAAUCAAUAUCUAUGGAUACCAUGUUUAGUUUGUUAACCUAGAAAAAUGGUUUUUAAGAAACAAAGAAACUUUAUUUAAAUAUUCAAAUGUAUCAUAAAUUCCACAUUAAUAAUAUUAUGGGACUUUUAUUAUAUUACAUAUGAAAUAAAGUCUAAUUAUAUGGAAGAUGACUUAGUUAAAUUUAUUAUAAAUUAUUCAUUUAGAUUAGGUAUUCUUAUUGUUGUUAAUCACUAUUUAAUUUUUGAUUAUCUUCUAGGUUUAUUUAAAGAAAUUACUAAAGCUGAAAAUAUCAUUUUUUAUGAAGAUUGGUGGAAUGCUGAUGGCUUUGGAUAAUUAAAUAGAAAAUGGAAUAAAUAAGUCCAUAAUUUUCUUAAAAUCAAUAUAUAUUAAAGGUUGAGUAAAAAUGGAUAAAAUACUAAGGCUCUCAUCAUGACUUAUCUUGUUACUGCCUUGCUUCAUGAAUAUUCAUAAAUGUUUCACUCAAAACUUUAAGAUUGUAUUAUUUAUCCUUUAGUUUUUUCUAAUUCAUCUUGA